GAUACAGAUGGUGCAGUGGUAACACAUCAAGAGGAGGAAGAACAAGACGACGCCGGAGAUGUAGCGGCUGAUGAUAAUGGACUUCCUGGGGGCCUGCUAUUUGCGUCUGGCUCCUGUCUGUCAACCAAAAAACAUGGCGUUCUACAAUCUCAAAUAGACCGCUGUCCCAGCGACCAUACCGUCGACCUCGUUGACUACGACACCACAGCCGACGGUGGAGUGGAGCUCAGAAUCGAACUAACUCGUCGAUCAGCAGUGGCAAAUCGUCCGCGUCCUUUACUUCGUCAGGACUUCGAUUCUCGGACUCAUUCUCGAGGCAGCAGCAAAGCACAUGGCCAUUCGGGACCGAGUCGAGCUGUAGCUGAAGCGCAUCGAUUACGUCGUCGUAUUGGAGGCGUGUUUGUCGCCCGAAGCCUAUCCGGGCCAACACCUCAGCAGCAUCAUAUGCACCAAGCGGCCAUAGAACACCAACAAUCUCGGUCGUCCCGGCCUGCAGCAGAUAAAAUCCGACGCCACGGCAACGCUUCAUUAGUUCGCAGGUCUAGGGAGCCCGUUAGACCUAAUCUCAGCAAUCUAACUUUUGCGUCAUCUGCUGGCGUGCCGCACUCUCGAAAGGUUUCUGUUCGUAGUAACCUCUCCUCGAUUGAUAAUGACGGCAGCUCAAACCUCGGGGCUGAUGAUCGAGUAAAUCGUCGACCUGGGGACCCCGAAGGCACAGAUUCAGAAAGACGUCGACGAGUUCGGCGAGAUGCGUCACCGGAUAUCGCAUCGGAUUCCCUUGAUAGCAACCUAUCUGAUUAUUUCAUGGGGCGCCAAACUCUCAGUCCGCCAGGUGCUUAUACAGCCAAUCUUCCUGGCCAGCUGGCUGAGUUUGCGACCAGCCUUCCAGAUCAGAUUGGUUUGAACAUCCGCAUAGAAGUAUGUCAUCUAAGAAAUUUACAUUUUUGCUUGUCUACUAAGCCGCCAAAAUGUCUUGGGUUCCAUCAAAAGCAACUUUCAGAUUGCUCGAGACCAGAUGCUGCCUCCUUUGAGCUUGUUCGCUCCUCGGACAAGAAGAAUCCGUGCUGA